AGCACGUGUCACAUGACCGGUGCGACCUCCUCCUCAGAGACACAGCAGCUGAGCUCAGUGGCAGCAGAGGACACGAUGAACACGCUUUUGACCCUGUCCAUCUCCUGGUUGUCCGUCUCACUGGUCUGGUGUGGAUAUCUGGAAUAUGACCAAGAUGUCCUGAUUCCAGAGGACUGGAGUCAUGUCGGUCGGGUCGAUCCUGCAGAGCAGCUGGAGCUGACCUUUGCCCUGAAGCAGCAGAAUGUUCAUCUGCUGGAGGAAGAACUCCGACUGGUGUCCGACCCUGACUCGGCUCAGUAUGGUAAACAUCUCAACCUGGAGGAGGUCGCCUCCCUCGUGCGUCCGUCUGAAUUGACCCACAAGGUGGUGCGUCACUGGCUGCAGAGUCAUGGGAUUACAAGCUGCCUGACCGUUAGCACUCAGGACUUUUUGCAGUGCACGAUGACUGCAGAAGAUGCAGAGACGUUGCUUCCAGGAAGCAGGUUCCAUCGUUAUGUCAGAGAGGGACAGUCUCUUGUGAGGUCGUCGGCUCCGUACUCCGUUCACGAUGAUAUUCACCAGCACCUCGACUUUGUUGGAGGGCUUCAUCGCUUCCCUCCCAAAGGACAGGACCUCAGUAAACAGCGGUCUAAUGGAGGGGUCCACCUUGGAGUGACUCCUGCCAUCUUGAGAGCUCGCUAUAACCUCACAGCAGCUGAUGUGGGAACAAGCCAGAACAACAGCCAGGCUGUAGCUCAGUUCUUGGAGCAGUAUUAUCACCCUGCAGACCUGGCUGAGUUCAUGAGCAUGUUUGGAGGAAGCUUCCAGCAUCGGUCUCAGGUGGAUCGAGUUGUGGGCACCCAGGGAGGAGGCAAGGCUGGCAUAGAGGCCAGUCUGGAUGUGGAGUACAUCAUGAGCACGGGGGCGAACAUCUCCACAUGGGUCUUCACCAACCCAGGCCGUCAGGAGACUCAGGAGCCGUUCCUACAGUGGAUGGUCCUGCUCAGCAACAUGUCGGACCUGCCCUGGGUUCACACGAUCAGCUAUGGUGAUGAUGAGGACAGCCUGUCUACUGCCUACAUGACGCGCAUCAACACAGAGUUCAUGAAGGCUGGUGUCAGGGGGAUCUCUCUGCUCUUUGCUUCAGGUGACAGUGGUGCUGGCUGUAAACAUUUGGGUAAAGAACAAAACUCCUUCCGGCCUAGUUUCCCAGCUUCAAGCCCUUAUGUUACUACAGUGGGAGGAACCUCAUUCAAGAACCCAUUCAAGCUCACAUAUGAGGUCACCGAUUACAUCAGUGGAGGCGGUUUCAGCAACGUCUUCAAGAUGCCCGACUACCAGGUCAGUGCAGUGGAGGGGUACCUGAAGACUGUAGCAGCAACCCUUCCCCCUCGGUCAUACUACAACACCAGCGGCAGGGCCUAUCCAGACAUGGCUGCCCUGUCUGAUAAUUACUGGGUGGUCAUCAACAGAGUGCCUGUCCCCUGGGUGUCUGGCACCUCGGCGUCGACCCCGGUGGUCGGAGGUGUGCUGUCUCUCAUCAAUGAUCAGCGACUGCUGAAGGGCCUGCCUGCCCUGGGCUUCCUCAACCCUCGCCUCUACAAGCUCAAGGGACAGGCCCUUUUCGAUGUGACUGAAGGCUGCCACCUGGGCUGCCUGGAUGAGCAGGUUCAGGGGAAAGGUUUCUGUGCUGCUCCGUCAUGGGACCCUGUCACAGGCUGGGGGACGCCAAACUACCCUGCCCUGCUGGCUGCCCUGCUGGCUGAGUGAGCACGUGCAGUUCACGAGAGCAGCUACUGGACUCACAUCCUGACUCUUGACCAGGUGCCUGAUGCAAAGACUGUAGGGUGUAACGGAGGGACACUACCCCUAUCACUUUGGACUCUUGCCUCUUUUGCCAUUUUUCUCACUUACGGUGGUUUUAAAAAAAUAAUUAUUAUCACUUCUAUCAAUUUAAGGAUACACAACUCCUGCAACAGUGUAUUCGUUUUCCUAAAAAGGCUUAAAGCUGUUACCUUGGACCUUUUUAGGUCAGGGAUGUGAGUGUUUGUUUAGUUUUUGUAAAGCUUCACUGCGGUUUCUGCUGUUGAGUGCAUUUUAACUGACCCAGAUUUCUCAGUGAAACACACCUGCAGGCAGAUGCUUGUUCACAACAAUCUUAGGCUUUAAAUUCAUGUUACUAAUUUCUCAGCAAUGGGAGGUUUUCUGCUGGCGCCAUAAAACAACUGAUAAAUGAUGAUCAAAUUAAAAUCAGGUUCCCUUUAGAUACUUAAGCUUAUUUUUUUAGAUUAAGAUAGCGUUGUGUGUUUGAUGUCAAUCAAAUCUAUAAAUAACUGAAGCAAUGAUUUCACCAGAUCAAGGAUUUUUUUCAUAUAGACAGAUUUGGUGUUUAGUUACGGCUAAAACGUGUAAAAUCUGUUUUGCCUUGUUACUCUGCAGGGAUAAGCAAGUUUCAAAUGUCAUUUCACUAAAUGGAUAGAUCUGCAUGCAAUUUAAGAAAAGUCGCUGUUGUAUUUGCACUCUUAAGGAAUCAUACUUCAUGUUCGGACUUACAGGACCUUUUUAAAACUUGA